UAGGGUAAACACAUCCUUCUGUGGUUUCACCACGACACCGCCAGACUUCCUCAGAACACUGAUGCGAGACCAUUCAUCUGAAACGCAUGACAAAAGGCUCCGCGCCACAGUAGUCGAAGCAACCACCAUGUCCUCAAUGGAAGUUGGAAUGGAAGAACGACCAUCGAACUCUGCAACGCCGCGUGAACUCACUCAAAACCCGCUUAAGAAAAUCUGGAUGCCGUUGCCGUGUAAAAAUGGCCUUCCCGAGAAACACAUAUCUCAAAGAAAGGUAUGUAUGACCAACUGCCCCACCCUGAUAGUGACGGUGGGCCUCCCAGCCAGAGGGAAGACCUACAUCUCCAAGAAGCUCACCCGCUAUCUCAACUGGAUCGGCGUGCCCACCAGAGAGUUCAAUGUUGGGCAGUACCGGCGUGAGUGUGUGAAGAUCUACAAGUCCUUUGAGUUCUUCCGUCCAGACAAUGAGGAGGGCCUGAAGAUCAGACAGCAGUGUGCGUCAGCAGCGCUGAAUGAUGUCAGACAGUACCUCGCUGACAAAGGAGGCCAAGUUGCGGUGUUUGAUGCCACUAACACCACUAGAGAGAGGAGAGGGACCAUCAUCGCGUUUGCUGAGCAGAAUGGCUUCAAGGUGUUUUUUGUAGAGUCUGUUUGUGAAGACCCUGAAGUCAUUGCAGAAAACAUUGUGCAAGUGAAGCUGGGCAGCCCUGACUACACCAACUGCAACACAGAGGAGGCUAUGGAGGACUUCAAGAAGAGGAUCAAGUGUUAUGAGAACUCCUAUGAGACCCUGGAUGAAGUUCUAGACAGGGAUCUGUCCUACAUCAAGAUUAUGGACGUGGGCCGGAGGUACCUGGUGAACCAGGUCCAGGACCACAUCCAGAGCCGGAUCGUCUACUACCUCAUGAACAUCCACAUCACACCACGCUGCAUCUACUUGUGUCGCCAUGGAGAGAGUGACCUCAAUGUCAAGGGCUGCAUUGGAGGAGACUCUGGACUCUCCCCCAGGGGCAAGGAGUUUGCCAAUUAUCUGGGCCAGUUCAUCCAGUCUCAAGAAAUCAGUGAUCUGAAGGUGUGGACCAGCCAGAUGAAGAGGACCAUCCAGACAGCUGAGGCAGUGUCUGUGCCGUACGAGCAGUGGAAGGCUCUCAACGAGAUAGAUGCGGGUGUGUGUGAGGAGAUGAUGUAUGAGGAGAUCCAGCAGCACUACCCGCUGGAGUUUGCAAUGAGGGACCAGGACAAAUACCGCUACCGUUACCCAAAGGGAGAGUCCUAUGAAGACCUGGUGCAGCGUCUGGAGCCGGUCAUCAUGGAGCUGGAGAGACAGGAGAACAUCCUGGUUGUCUGUCACCAGGCUAUCAUGCGCUGCCUGCUGGCAUACUUCCUGGAUAAAACCGCAGAGGAACUGCCCUACUUGAAGUGCCCACUGCACACCGUGCUGAAGCUCACACCAGUGGCUUAUGGCUGUAAGGUGGAGUCCAUCUACCUAAAUGUGGACGCAGUGAACACUCACAGAGAUAGACCAGAGAACGUAAAGGUGUCGCGGAUGGCUGAGGAGGCUUUGCUAACAGUACCAGCACAUCAGUGAGAUAGUAUCCCUCAUGCUCUCACUCCCUUCUUUCCACUCCUCCUUCUGGCCCAGCCCCAUUAACUUGUCCUUCAAUCAGACACUUAGACCUCAGUCACUCCAUACCCUCUUUACUUCCUGACAUCGGAAGUACUCUGAUUUGUUUUGGAGUAUUCAAUAAUAAUUAUAAUUAACUGGAAUCUAGUUCAUUUGUAAAUAUCCCUACCAUAAGGGUCUGGUGUCAUUUUUUUGGGUUUAUUGACCUGCUGCUUUUUUUCCUCUCCAAAUUGACAUAAUGGUUUUGUAAAUCAAUGUUGAACUGCCAAAUGUGAAGCGAUUAACCCGAAGCACAUUUCAAAUAUUUUCAUUUUAGGAUAACCUUUUUUUAAAUUUAGUCUCAUGGAUGUAUGUCACUUUUCUAUUCGGGAAGCUCAGUAUUUUAUUAUUAUUUGUCAGUAGUGAGUCUGUGGAUUUCAAUGUGACUCACUGUCUUAAUUAGUUUAAAAGUUGAAUGUGUGUCUGUCGGUGUUCAUAGCGUUGCACAAAUGUCUACUUGAUGAGGUAGUGUUUUGCACCUUUACUCUGAAACCUAAACUCUUGAGUGUUUCUUUAAUGAGUUAUUUUUAAAAAUUCAUUCAGUUUAGUGUAUUUUUAAUUUGAUCAAGUUAGAUUAAAUGUUAAUUUUAUAAUCAUGUAUGAAGACGGCCCAGAGGAACAUAUUUUUUAUUAGAAUGUGAAGGUCUCUGCUCCAUAUGGAAUAUGAGGAAGUAAUUUACAUAUCACUGUUUACUGGCUAUGUUAAUAAAAUCGACUUGACCAGC